AUGAGAGAAGUCAUUAGUAUUAAUGUUGGUCAAGCAGGUUGUCAAAUAGGUAAUGCAUGCUGGGAAUUGUACUCCCUGGAGCAUGGUAUCAAGGCAGACGGUCAUUUGGAGGACGGCUUAUCAAAACCCAAAGGAGGUGAAGAGGGGUUUUCUACAUUCUUUCAUGAAACUGGGUACGGUAAGUUUGUCCCAAGAGCAAUCUAUGUGGAUUUAGAGCCUAAUGUUAUUGAUGAAGUGCGUACGGGUCGCUUCAAAGACCUUUUUCACCCAGAACAAUUGAUCAACGGUAAAGAAGAUGCCGCCAACAACUAUGCAAGAGGCCAUUAUACCGUUGGUAGAGAAAUAGUGGAUGAAGUUGAGGAAAGAAUUAGAAAGAUGGCCGAUCAAUGUGAUGGGUUACAAGGGUUCUUAUUCACCCACUCUCUUGGUGGUGGGACUGGUUCCGGUUUGGGCUCCCUGUUAUUAGAAAAUUUAUCGUACGAGUACGGUAAGAAAUCCAAAUUGGAAUUCGCCGUUUACCCAGCACCUCAAUUAUCUACUUCUGUCGUGGAACCCUACAACACAGUUUUAACUACGCACACUACCUUGGAACAUGCUGAUUGUACAUUUAUGGUUGAUAACGAAGCGAUUUACGACAUCUGUAAGAGAAACUUGGGAAUUUCCAGGCCAAGUUUUAGUAACUUGAACGGAUUAAUUGCCCAAGUGGUAUCAUCUGUUACUGCAUCAUUGAGAUUCGACGGUUCACUGAACGUGGAUUUGAACGAAUUCCAAACCAACCUGGUACCAUAUCCAAGAAUCCAUUUCCCUCUAGUUUCAUAUGCUCCUAUCUUGUCCAAAAAGAGGGCCACCCAUGAGUCCAACUCUGUGUCAGAAAUCACAAACGCCUGUUUCGAAACUGGUAACCAAAUGGUGAAGUGUGACCCAACAAAGGGUAAGUAUAUGGCUAACUGCCUGUUAUAUAGAGGUGACGUGGUGACAAGAGAUGUUCAAAGGGCCGUCGAGCAGGUAAAGAACAAGAAAACAGUACAGAUGGUGGACUGGUGUCCAACAGGUUUCAAGAUUGGUAUCUGUUACGAGCCACCAACUGUGAUACCAAGUUCCGAACUGGCUAAUGUGGAUAGAGCUGUUUGUAUGUUAUCCAACACCACCGCCAUUGCUGACGCCUGGAAGAGAAUCGAUCAAAAAUUCGACUUGAUGUACGCAAAACGUGCCUUCGUUCACUGGUACGUUGGUGAGGGUAUGGAGGAAGGUGAAUUCACCGAAGCCAGAGAAGAUUUGGCCGCUUUAGAAAGGGAUUAUAUCGAGGUCGGUGCGGAUUCCUACGCUGAAGAGUUUUAA